UCUCGUGAAGAUUCCAUAUCGUCCCCGGAAAGGUGAACAGAAACCUAUAUACAAAUUGUGCUUUUCGAACGGUGGAAUGGCAAGGGUAGCUUCCGAAACGGGAAGGGUCAUUGUGUGUCGAAAAAGUAGCGUUUUUUCCCUGUUCAGCUACGAUUGAGAACGUACUUGGAGGGUUCUUCAUGAAGCUGAUUAGACGCUGCCUCCCGGAGAGUUUGUUGUCGUGCGUAAAAUGCAGUAGUGACGUGUGAACGCCGAUGUCCUUUCCGAAAUGUUGUGAAAAUGUGUGACCAGUGUAGUUGCAGCGUGUUUUGUGAAGUGUAAUUUCUUGCUUUUCGUGAAUUUAUUCCCAGCGCGAAACAAUUGGCUCGCAUAGAACAGGGAGCUUCUGUCAUCCGGGUUGGUAGUGUGGUUGAAUGUCGUUGUGGCGUCUGGUGUUGUGGCGCAAAAAUUGUGAAGAAAAUAAACAACAAACCGCAAUGAUGUCGUUAGGCGGUGGAAUUGACGCGUGAAAAGCGUGAGCUCGUUGUGGAAAGCACACCGGUGGCGCCUGGAUAGAACUGAACUGAUUGGCCACACAGACGACGCCGAACCGGGGAUGACGAUGACGGGAUAUAAGUCCGUAAACUUUGCGGACCUGUGCCGCCUUUGUGCGAACAGCGCGGGAGCGCGCGUGGGCAUCUUUACCGAGGAGGGUCGCAUUAGGAAAAUACAAAGUAAAAUCAGUGAAUCGUUAGGAAUAAAUGUACAAGAGACGGAUCGCCUUCCGAAAUCCGUGUGCACGCUGUGCCUCAAACAGGUCGAAGCGCACAUCGAAUUCCGCGAGCUGGUUGGAGAAAAGCAAGGCAUGCUGGAAAGUUGCCUCAACUCGUCGGCAAAGAAUGGUGGCAAGGUGUACAUUCGCGUUGAAAAAGCGAAGGAACCACAAAUAGUCAGUCGACCCGCUUCAAGUUUUGCCCAGAUCGUAACGUCAGUGCCAGCCAACGCUCAACAGCAAGUGCAACAACAGCAACAGCAGCAACAACAACAGCAACAGCAACAGCAACAGCAACAGCAACAGCAACAGCAUCAGCAACAGCAACAGCAACAGCAACAGCAGCAGCAGCAGCAGCAGCAGCAGCAGCAGCAACAGCAACAGCAGCAACAGCAACAAGCGCAGCAACCGAUUUCUAUCAGUGGCAUUCCAAAAAAUAUCAUCCAAGUCACCAAUGGCAACGUGACUGUACGGAGUACCGCUGAGGACCAGCUCAGCAACAUCAUACAGGCGGUCGGUAUUCAGUCGGAUAGUGAAACUAAAUGGCCAGUGGUGCAACAACAGCAACAGCAAAUGAUAACAAACCAACCACAGUUGGUCACCAUCCGCACACACCCAUUCUCGAAUCAACAACCAAGGCAACAACAACAACAACAGCAGCAACAACAGCAACAGCAACAGCAACCGCAGUUUACACUCACCCUCGAAAGGCAACCACCGGUCAAGACUAGCAAUCUUCAGUACCGGCUGCAUAACGGUGCGCUUAUACCGAUCCCACCAAAAUCUCCCGAGGGCGAACCACAAACAACCUUCACACAAGUAGAUGAGUUUAUCAAAAUAAAAUCAACACCAACCAAGGCACUGAAACGAGACUCUUCGCAGAGCACGAUGCUCGAAACCACGCCGGUAAAGAAGCCAAGAAUUAUUCAACUGGUACAAUCUCCUCAGAAUCUAAGCCCACAAAAGACCACACCGGUUUCGCAAGCGGUCACAACGGAGGCCACAUACAUUCUUGGUGGUAGUCCGACGUACGUUGGUUCGAGCUCCACCCCCGGUGGUAUUUACACCAGCACACCGAUAAAUGCGGGCCAGAGGAUGAUCACUUUGCAGGAUCUCAAACUCAUCAGCAGCGGUGCAGGAAGUAACAACACCAACACAAGCUCUAGUAACAUAGGAAACAAUAAUAGUGCUAAUACUGUCAAUAAUAACGGAGGCCAGCGGUUGAUGUCGAUCGUGACAAAGCCCGACCCGGAUGGGAUGGAAAGCAGUGGGAUGGUGAAUAGCAUAUCCGUCACGCCAAUGGCGGCCCAAAAUGCCGUACCCCAGAACGCGGUGCAGUAUGUGCAGAUGAAGGUCGAGACGGGACCGGGCGGAAUGAUUCGGCUUACGCCGACCCAACCGCUUCCCCCCAAUCAGCAGCUCACGAUUAGCCCACAGAUGUUGCAGCAGUUUGGUAUCCAGACGCUGGCAAACAUGCAGACAACAACAGCGUCCGGUGGCCAAACGUUGAUGGCACCGAUGACGAUCCUAAACUCGGUAAGCCAACCGACAACGACACUGAUGCAACCACAAACCAUGUCCGCCGGUCAAACGGUGGAAGGAAAUUUUGUUACACUGGUGGGAAAGGCUUCCGUCCCGCCACAGUCCCAGGUUGUCCCCAACGUAAAUGGUCAGGUGACGACGGUUGUUAUGUCUCCCCCACCGCUGCACCACCAGCAACCCGUUCCACCGCCUCAACAGCAACAACAGCCGGAAGUUGUCCAACAGCCGCAACAACAACAACAACAACAAGCGCAGGAGCACAAACAAGCAAUUAAGCAAACACAAACUCCACCACGACCCUUGCCGACGGCAAGUGCACUUACGAAAUCGGUGAAAAUGGUGACCCGGCCACUUGUUAGUCAGCGCAAGUCGGUACCAACUCAAACGAGUCUACCGAAGCAAACACGACCCAACGCUCCCGGUACGCGUCCAGCUGUUGUAAGUGGCACCACCUCAAACGUUGCCGGCGGUAGUAAUGGGCCACGUAUCAAGAGCACUGGAAAUCCCGGCGUAAGAUCGUCUUCGGUGUCCACCGGAAGUCGAUCAGGUGGUAACGCGAACGCAACCGGAACUUCCGCCAACUUAAAUACGUCCCACGAGGACGGUAGUGGGAGUGGAUCGGAUACCGAAUCAAACCGCAGUGCCCAGUCGCUGCUGGCGUCGCAGCAGAUGAGUGCCAUAUCGGCCCUGUCUGGCAAGCAGGACUUGCAGGCGGGUGACCAUCAAUCGAGCGCCAACGAUUCCGAGCGAUCUGGCAGUGCCUCCGGUACGAGCGAGGUAAGCAUAACGACGUGCAACGUCUGUCAGAAGGUGUUUGGUCGGAAGGAGCAUCUGGUGCAGCACCUAAAGUCGCACAUCGGGCUGCGACCAUUCAAGUGCGACGAACCGGACUGCCUCAAGAGCUUCAGCCGGAAGGAGCACCUGCUGCGACACACGCUGUCGCACACCGGUAAGAAGAUGUUUAGCUGUGACCUGUGCCAUAAGCUGUUCUCGCGAAAGGAUAAUCUCAACAAGCACAAGAAGACACAUGAAGAGAUUCCUGACCCCGCCCCGUUCAGCUGUUCCAUUUGUAAUAAAGAUUUCUACAAUAAGCAUCCGUUUAUGAAACACAAAGCGUUACAUGACAAUGUGGAUUUAGAUUCGACAAAGAAAAAGCCGCAAGAAAAUCAACCGAUCUAUAAACCUGCGCUCGGUAAACCGGCAACGAAGCGUCCGGCGAAUAAAAGCGGUCCCGUUAUCACGCACGUAGAGUCGAUGGCGUCAAAAAUUUCACAACCGCCUCCUCUGUCACACCCGUCAGUCGUAAUCGAGGCGUCAGAAAGUCAACCCCAGCAGCAACAGCAGCAACAGCAGCAACAGCAGCAACAGCAGCAGCAACAACCGACGACGGUCGUACAAUCGAUGCCACUGACCAUAACGCACAUCCCCACGAGCACCGCAACGAUACAGCUGCCAACGCAGCACUAUCAGGGUCAACAGAUGCACUCCAUCAUCCAGCAGCAGCAGCAGCAGCAGCACGUCCCGGUUCAGCAACAGCAGCAGCAGCAGGUUGGAACAACGAUAGUGCAAACCCAACCGCAGCAGCAACAGCACGAACAGCAGAUCUUCACCAUUCCGCAACUUACGAAUGGUACCGCCGGAUAUAUUCAGAUAGCGAUUCCGAGUAGCGUUCAAAAUCAGGCGGCAGGCGGGGUGGCCAACGUGCAGACGAUAACAACGGCCAACGGAACAACGUUAGCUAAUCUGGCUGGGGGCAGAGCCACCAUCAUCAACUCGGUUGAUGGGAAUACGAUGGUGACCCUGCCUCAACGGUUCAUCAUCGAUUCGUCGCAGCUGAUAGCGAGCAGCCGUCCAUCGUAGAUUGGUUGAACACACACAACAUCGCUUCUCCCCGCCAUACGGUACCAUAAGUCUACGUAGGAUGUACGUUUCAAACGUUCCGCCCAACAAAUCCCACCCUUUGCCGCUCUCCUUUUAUUUAAACGUAAGUGCAUACACACACACACAUUGAUUUGAUUGGGUCCCAACCAAAACCAGGAUCCCUAGAUCGGUGGAAAGGCAUUUUCAACUUCCUCGCAUUUCUUCACCUUGUUGCCAUGUUUUGUUUUCCUUUAAGGUAUAUUUUAAAACCUGUUCGAAUCUAUCAUCUAAUCCGUAUUUCCUUUAACACAUCCCCCACGUGACUAACAACGUGCCUUGUGUUUUGUUCGAAAUGUUUUCAAACGAAAAUUUACUUGCAGAAUCGAUAUACACGGUGUCCAAUAUAUUGAACACAUACACUUUUUUCGUUGGGGUCGUGGUGCUCACGCCACUCCUCAUUCUACAUAUUUUUUCUAAUGUCCAGUUUUUGUUUGCUUGUUUAAUGUGAUUCAUGAAUUCCCAUGGGAACAUAUUUAUUGUAAGAUGUUAGUCCCAGGAAGGGAUGAAAAAUGCUUCCGUAGCUUUUCCGAUGAAAAUUAUUUAUUCUGUUGUAUCUCAGACUGUUUGUAAAAUUACAGAAUGUGGAUUCAUAAGUCCAAAAAUGGCCUUAACUUAGUAUUAUAAUUUAUAUUUCAAUGUGGAUGAGCAUAUUUUGGACACCGUGUAGGUAUUUGCGAAAAGUAUUUUCAAACACAUAUAAACAAUUCUCCUACCCAGUCAUUUCAUUGUCACGUUCACCACAACCACAAUCCAUCAAAAGUGCAAUCAUAUUACAUCUAUCGAGGUAUUUUUAUUAGUUUGUUCGGACACAUUUCGUUCAACACCAUGUUUUAAGCAUAGUAACCGCGCUCCAACAAAUAAUUGUAUAUGCAAGUGGCAGACGUUCGGUUGCGGUUAAAUUGUACAUAAUUUAUAUCGGCGUUUGUCGCUUCAGUUGAACCAGUGUUAUUACUGACAAGCCGUAUGAAUCAAACUAGUUUUAAAGCUGGUGUACAAGCGUGCAUGGUGUAAUGAUAGAAAACAUAACCAAAUACCAAAAAGAUUCUUUUAAACAUUAACCGUACUGCAAUCGUAUUGACAUCUUUGAGUAAGUGCUUGUACAUGCUUUAUGCUAAAGUUAGUGUGCUAGAGGUGAUCGUAACGUUCGACUUCACCUCCUGUACAAUGUGUGUGAAUGAUGAAAAUCCUAGACAAGUUAGAGACGGUUAGCGAAGGGUUGUCUUACUGUUUAAGCUUUCUUUUUACGUCCCGGGUAUGAGUAUAGUAAUUUAUUUUAGUUUCUACCCAUCCUGUGUCGUCCUUUUCUUGAUUCGGAUGUGUAAAUACUAAACCAGUAACAAGAGGCAACCCUACAGGACAGCUUCUUAAUUAGUAUAUAUUUUGCCAGAAAAUGCAUGAUUUCAUAUUUUAAUCUUAGAUUAGAGAAGAAUAAAAGCGGAACAGACAAAAGUACGCGUCCGGGUCGCGUGACUGUAAGGCUGUACAUGUAAGAAAUAAAACCAAAUAUAUGUA